CGCCCACAGCCCGCUUCCCGGGAAAGCUCCAGACCGCGUGCGCCGCCUUCCCUCAGCUUGCAGGGUCCGCGAGAACGUUUUGACGCCCACGCCCUGGACCGCGCGGCGCUGUCCGGGGAACGCGCUCUCAUCACCCCACGUUGCCAGCUGCAGGGCGGCGCAGAGCAUGCGGGACUACGAUGAAGUGACCGCCUUCCUGGGCAAGUGGGGGCCCUUCCAGCGCCUCAUCUUCUUCCUACUCAGCGCCAGCAUCAUCCCCAACGGCUUCAACGGUAUGUCAGUCGUGUUUCUGGCAGGGACCCCGGAACAUCGCUGCCGGGUGCCGGACACCGCGAACCUGAGCAGCGCGUGGCGCAACCACAGUGUCCCGGUGCGGCUGCAGGACGGCCGCGAGGUGCUUCAGAGCUGCCGCCGCUACCGACUCGCUACGAUCGUCAACUUCUCGGCGCUCGGGCUGGAGCCGGGGCGCGAUGUGGACCUGGAGCAGCUGGAGCAGGAGGGCUGCCUGGAUGGCUGGGAGUUCAGCCAGGACAUCUACCUGUCUACUAUCGUCACCGAGUGGAGUCUGGUGUGCGAGGAGGAUUGGAAGACGCCUCUUACCACGUCCCUGUUCUUUGUAGGCGUGCUUCUCGGCUCCUUUGUGUCUGGGCAGCUGUCAGACAGAUUUGGCAGAAAGACCAUCCUCUUCGCAACCAUGGCUGUGCAGACUGGCUUCAGCUUUCUGCAGAUUUUUUCCAUCAACUGGGAGAUGUUCACAGUGUUAUUUGUCAUCGUCGGCAUGGGCCAGAUCUCCAACUACGUGGUGGCCUUCAUACUAGGAUCAUGGAAGUAUGAGGGAGCUCCCUUGGCCUCAUGAGUCUACAAGAUUCCCACUUGGUCCUGUGCACUUUCUCUUUUCCACAAUCACAUCCUCUGCUGCUUCACUUCUGAAUCUCUGAUUAGGAAUAAAGCACUAUUCAUUGUCAUAUCUUGAUAAUCACAGCCAGAGUGUUUAGAAACCAUGGCAUGGUGAGUCUUCUUAUGGAGUGACAGGAAGGUCAUUAAUGAGGUAAGAAAAGAUAUGGGAACAACGCUCAUGAUCCUGAAAGAAGUCUGGCCCUAUUUCUGGAAAUGAGUUUAAAGGCUAAGAAAUGCCCUGGGUGGUUAGAGCUACUGUCUGCAGUCCAAGAUGUGAGAGAUAGACAAUACUGGCCAUUUCUAUCAGUCUGGCUUUUAGAAAUGGCUGUUCAAGACAGAGCCACUGAGACACAUCUUCAGUUAUGCUGAGUGAGGAAGAAGAGAGGUGAGGAUAGGAACAUGUAGGAGGGGAGAAAGGGAAACCAGCAGAAGUAGUCAUUUUACUGCUUCUCUGGAAUUAGUCCUUAAUUCCUUAGCCUGUGCUCAGGGCAUAUAAACACAACUAAGAAACUCCUUCUUAAAACCCAAGCCUAAAUAACCUUCAAAUCAUCUGUUUUGUAUUUUCUGGGCUACUUCUCAGUAGUGGUGGGCAGAUCUCAAACAAAAGAUGGAGCUAUUUCCAUUGGCCACAUCUCCACCCUGGGGCAGAGGACCAAGAGUGGACUCUGUGGAAAGGGCCUGAGUUUUGUGACAACAGAAGGAGCCUGUUUGCAGACUCCUUGCCUCAAAUCAAGCGCUCCAAGAAGCAAGCAACAUCUCUUGAAGAACUGGGGCUGAGCCAUCCACUGUGGCGCUGAGCAGAGCAGGAGCCUUUCCCAAAACAGGGCCAGAUGCCAAGCAUCUGGUGGUUUUGUGGUGUUCUGGGAAAGCUCUGUGAGUUCUCUCCAUGUGUGCCCAGCUCCAGGGCUGCCGCCUGCCAGGCCAGAAGAGCAAGUUCUUGUCUUUCAUCGGGCUGCAUGGACUGCCUCCGCCUGGGGCUGAUACCUGGGCACUGUGUGGCCUCAGCGGAAUUCAGCCCUGGGCACUGAGGCCCUGCUCUGAGGACCUCCAUAGCCAGCUGGAUCCUCUUUAUCAUUUCUCAGGGCUCGAGGGUAGCUAAGGGUGUCCUAACACAGCUCAGUAACUGAACUCUCCACUGUUUCCAAGAGACCCAUAUCUGCUUAUUUACAGUGGUGAAUGGUGGGAGAGGCAGAAUGCCGCAUGAUCCACACACCCUCAGGAGAGCUCCCACGUCUGGGACGCCCUCACUGCUCCUCACCCUGGGGCUUUUAUUUUGGAAAUGUGGCAUUCUCAAAAGAGGUUACCUCUUAGGGCUGAGCAUGAUGUUCAUAUGACAUGAGGAGACAUUAAAAAAAAAAAAAAAUCUACAGCUCCUUUAAAAUCUCAUGAAAACUCAUCCUUCUAUGAGGUGGUAAGUCUUGGGUCAUGUCCCACCUUCCUCCACACUCACCCCUCUUGCUCUGGGCCAGGAGGCAAAUAACUCUUUCCUCUUCUAAGUGGUUAUAUUUUUUAACUCUAACUGCCAGGUAAUGAUGUGAAAAAGCAAAUAUUGAAGUGAGUUAAAAUGCUAAUACUCCUCCCUUGUUUUGAACAGGAACAGAAAUUCUUGGCAAGUCAGUUCGUAUUAUAUUCUCUACGUUAGGAGUGUGCACAUUUUUUGCAGUUGGCUACAUGCUGCU